AGAAAGGCCUUCAUUUUGAUAGCCCAAACACUGUAAUUUCUCCUGUGAACAUAGGAGGAUUAGAAAGUGUUAAAGAAUUGUUUGAAGACAUGGCUGUGUUUUUUGUUUACACAGCUUCUCUCCCUCACUAGCACUCGUGUUUGCUCUCUCUCACCAGAAUUUGAUCUGUUUUGCUCUCACAGGCCCCUCAAGACGAUUAUGCUCUGAUACCAAUUGUUAAUUUCUACAGUAAACUAAAGAACACACUAAUCUGGAUUUUAUGAGCUUCUCGGAUGUGGAGCUCUGUUUCAUUUUAGAUUGAUAACUGACAUACAAAAAGAGUUGCUAAAUAUCUACAACUUAUACAUUACAAUUUCUACAUAAAGGAUAAAAAUAACUACUCCUAAUGCAGCUAACUUGUAGAACUAACUCAGAAAACAAAAAACCAGUUACAAAUUAAAAAAGCAUAACUACUGUUAACUGAUAUCUUCAACAGACUCAUCUCCAUGUGUUAGGCCUUUACGAUAAUUAUAUCUCAGGUCAAUUUCCAUCUUGGCUUGUGAACCUAACCCAAUUGACAUAUUUGAGUCUUGGCAAUAAUAUGUUAAAAGGGUCAAUUCUAAGCUCAAUUUCUAGACUCAAGAACCUUGAAAUAUUCGAUGUUGAAUCAAAUAAAUUGAGUGGUAUAAUGGAGUUUGAGACAUUUUUGGGGCUCAAACGCCUUCGAUAUUUGCAUUUAUCCAACAAUAAUUUUUCAUUGCUAGCCAAAACUAUUACUAAUGACACGGUUCCAAAGUUUGUAGGGCUGGAACUAGGUUCAUGUAAUCUAAGUGGUUUUCCAGAGUUGUUGCAUAGCCAAUAUCAGCUUGCUAUCCUUGACCUUUCGUUCAACAAUAUUCAUGGUCAAAUUCCUAAAUGGUUGUUGAAAAUAAGUCCAAGCUUGUGGUAUUUGAAUCUCCGAAACAACUCUUUUACAAGUUUUGAAGAAUCCUCUGGUAUUAUUCCAUCUAGUCUAUUGUUUCUAAACCUUGAUGGUAACUUUCUCACAGGGUCUUUGCCAAUUCCACCACGCUCCGUCCUCUUCUACAUGGUUGCAAAAAAUAAAUUCAGUGGAGGAAUCCCAUUGCAAUUUUGCAACAUGACUUCUCUACAAUUUCUAGAUUUGUCUCACAAUAACUUGAGUGGGAUUAUACCACAGUGUUUGGGUAAUUUGAGCAAGUCUCUAUCAUUUUUAAAUUUGGAAGAUAACAACUUCCAUGGUCUCAUUCCUGAAACUUGGGCAAUUGGAAAUGAACUCAAGGUGAUUAAACUUGGAAACAAUAAUCUGUGGGGGAAGUUACCAAGAUCACUUGCCAAUUGUAAAAUGCUAGAGUUUCUUGGUCUUGGUAACAAUCAAGUCAAAGACACUUUCCCUUUUUGGUUGGGAGUUCUUUCCCAAAUAAAGAUUAUCAUCUUACAUUUUAAUGAGUUCUAUGGUGCAAUCAGUGGUCCAACGUCGUAUUUGUUAUUUCCUAAACUUCACAUCUUUGACCUUUCUCAUAAUAAAUUUGUGUGGCCAUUGCCAGUAGCCUACUUCAAGAGGUGGAACAUCAUGGCAAACCUUGAUGGGAAAAAUGCAUCAUACUUGCAUGUAGAGUUCGAUGAAUGGGUGAAUGGUAGUUUCUGGCUUGAUCAAAUUUGUUACUUAAUGACAAUAACAAACAAAGGGCAGAAGAUGGAAUACACAAAGAUCUUUGAGAUUUUCAUGGCCAUUGAUCUCUCUUGCAACAAGUUCGAAGGAGAGAUUCCAAAAGUGCUAGGAAAUUUAACAAGACUUCAACUUCUCAACCUCUCCAAUAACAUGCUUAUUGGUCCAAUCCCACUAGCCGUGGGAUAUUUGACAAGUCUUGAAGUGCUAGACCUUUCUCAUAACAAGCUCACUGGAAGAAUUCCUUGGCAGUUAACACAUCUCAAUUUCCUUGAAGUCUUCAAUGUGUCUAACAACAAUUUGAUAGGACCUAUCCCAAAAGGCCAACAAUUUGAUACAUUUGAAAGUAGCUCAUUUGAUGGGAAUGUAGGACUUUGCGGAAUGGCACUAUCAAAGAAAUGUGAUGACUCAGAGUCCAAGGUUUUGCCUCCAUCUUUAACCUUAGAAGAAGAGUCUGGAUUCCUAGUUAAUUUUGGUUGGAAAAUAGUGUUGUUGGGUUAUGGAUGUGGAUUCCUAGUUGGUGUGGUCAUUGGGAUCAUUGCUUUUACAAGAAAACCUAAAUGGUUUAUAAAGACCUUUCAAAUCACACAACCAAAGAGGGCAAAAGAGGGUCGUAAAAGAUUGAACAGGAGGAUGCAUUGAAUAUUAAUAUCUCUAUUUGUAUAUUUCUAUUUCCUAUUUUUCUCUGUUUUUUUGUGGAUUGUAGUGUGAAGUUCAGUGCAAGAAUAAUGCAUGAUAGUAUGGAAUAUAAUUUGAAUUUUGCAUGAAUAAAUUACGCUGUUACUU